AUGGCGUCUAAAGCUGUAAUAUCAGUGGAAGAUUUAACCUGUCCUGUGUGCUUUGACAUCUUCAGGGAUCCCGUUGUCCUGUCAUGCAGUCACAGUUUGUGUAGAGUUUGUCUGCAAAAGUUCUGGGCAGCCAAAGGAUUUCAGGAGUGUCCAAUAUGUAGGAAAAGAUCAUCAAAACGUCCACCUUCUUCCAACCUGGCUCUAAAGAACCUGUGUGAGACUUUCUUACAGGAGAGAAGUCAGAGAUCUUCAUCAGAGUCUGAGGACUUCUGCAGUCUGCACAGUGAGACACUCAAACUCUUCUGUCUGGAAGAUGAACAGCCUGUGUGUUUGGUGUGUCGAGAUUCAGAAAAACACGCAAACCACAAAUUUCGUCCAGUAGAUGAAGCUGCUCCAGGUUACAGGGAUGAACUGAAAAUUGCACUGAAGCCCUUACAGGAGAAACUGGAAAUCUUUAAACAAGCCAAACUGACCUUUGAUAAAACAGCAAAACACAUUAAGAUCCAGGCCCAAAACACAGAGAGUCAAAUUAAAGAGCAGUUUGACAAACUUCACCAGUUUCUACGAGAUGAAGAGACAGCCAGGAUAACUGCACUGAGAGAGGAAGAGGCGCAGAAGAGUCAGACGAUGAAGGAGAAGAUUGAGAAGAUGAAUAGAGAAAUAUCAUCUCUUUCAGACACAAUCAGAGCCAUAGAAGGCGAAUUAUGCACCAGUGAUGUAACAUUCUUGACGAACUUCAAGAGCACAGUGAAAAGAGCCCAGUGCACACUGCAGGAUCCAGAGAUGCUUUCAGGAGCACUGAUCAACGUGGCAAAGCACCUGGACAACCUGAAGUUCAGAGUUUGGGAGAAGAUGAAAGACAUUGUUCAAUACUCUCCUGUGAUUCUGGACCCCAACACUGCAUCACCAUGUCUCAUCCUGUCUAAGGAUCUGACCAGUGUGAGAUUCAGUGAUGAGAAACAGCAGAUUCUUGAUAAUCCUGAGAGAUUUGAUGAAUAUACAUGUGUUCUGGGCUCUGAGGGUUUUAACUCAGGGACACACUGCUGGGAUGUUGAUGUUGGUGACAAUAGAGACUGGGACUUGGGUGUGACCACAGAGUCAAACCAGAGGAAGGGAAACUCAUUCUUUAACACUGGUGUCUGGCGUGUAAUGUUGGAUGAUGCUGGUGAAUACUGGUCAGAGGCCUCAGGAGAGUCAUCUACUCCACUUGGAGUGAAUAAUAAACUCCAGAGGAUCAGAGUGAAACUGGACUGGGACAGAGGAAAGCUCUCAUUCUCUGAUCUUCUAAAUAACACACAACUAUGCACCUUCACACAUACUUUUACUGAGAGAAUGUUUCCAUACUUCUAUAGUCGCUGUAAACUCUCUCCUCUGAGGGUCUUACCAUUGAAGAGUUGUGUAACAGUGAAACAGCUCAGUUAG